GUGGCCUUUCAGUUUUCCUAGGCAGCCCCACGCUUGUCUUUGACAGUGAGCCUUGCUAGCUGUAGCGCUGUAAGUCCCAAGCUAUUCAAACUAAGCAGCUAGCCGGGAUCUGAUCCGACACAAGCCCUCACCUCUGGGGACAGGUAGCUCAAGCGAGGCGCUCCAGAGCUCACACUACACGUUGUUUAGAAGCCAACAAAGAGACGCAACAAAGAUGUCUAAAGACACAGAGGGCAAGAGCGAGACAAUUAUGGAUAUGGAGAGCAAGGUGUUGUGGUACCCGGACUCUAAGAGGAACACACAGAUGGACAAGUUUAGGAUACAGGUCAACGGAGACUACGGGCUUAAUCUGGUCAACUACAAUGACCUGUACCAGUGGUCGGUGGAUAGUUACUCUGAGUUCUGGGCGGAGGUGUGGCGUUUCUGUGGAGUCCUCAGCUCCAAACCGUAUGAAGAGGUUGUGGAUGUUUCCAAGCGGAUCUCAGAUGUUCCAGAGUGGUUUAAAGGGGCUCGGCUCAACUACGCUGAGAACCUGCUCAAACAUGCAGAUCAGGACAAAGUAGCUCUCUAUGCUGCAACGGAGGCGAAUGAGGAGAUCGUGAAGGUGACAUUUGGGGAGCUGAGGCGUGAUGUGGCGUUGUUUGCUGCAGCCAUGAGGAAGAUGGGUGUGAAGACCGGAGACAGGGUUGUAGGCUACCUUCCUAAUGGUAUCCAUGCAUUGGAGGCCAUGUUAGCAGCAGCCAGCAUCGGAGCAAUCUGGAGCUCCACGUCUGUCGACUUUGGAGUCAAUGGUGUCCUUGACAGGUUCUCUCAAAUCCAACCCAAGCUGAUCUUCUCUGUUGCUGCUGUGGUUUACAACGGCAAAACACACGACCACAUGGAGAAGCUGACCAGUGUUGUCAAAGGCCUGCCUGACCUGAAGAAAGUCGUGGUGAUUCCCUACGCUCGCUCCAAACAGGAGACCGACCUCUCCAAGAUCCCAAACAGUGUAUUUAUAGACGAUUUCUUGGCAUCUGGGCGCGGGGAAGGGGACCAGUUUCCCCAGUUGGAGUUUGAGCAACUUCCAUUCAGUCAUCCUCUGUUCAUUAUGUACUCCUCUGGCACCACAGGAGCUCCUAAAUGCAUGGUCCACUCUGCAGGGGGCACGCUCAUCCAACACUUGAAAGAACACAUCCUCCAUGGGAAUAUGAACAGCAGUGACGUCAUCAUUUACUACACCACGACCGGCUGGAUGAUGUGGAACUGGCUGGUGUCCUCUCUGGCAGUUGGAGCUUCAGUGGUUCUGUACGAUGGUUCACCACUAAUGCCUACACCCAAUGUGCUGUGGAACCUGACAGACCAGCUGGGUAUCACAAUCUUUGGCACGGGGGCCAAGUGGCUGGCUGUGCUGCAGGAAAGAAACCUGAGCCCUGCUGAAACUCACAACCUCCAGUCUCUCCACACCAUCCUGUCUACCGGAUCGCCUCUCAAACCUCAGAGCUACGAGUACGUCUACCGCUGCAUCAAGAGCAAUGUGCUGCUGGGCUCCAUCUCAGGUGGUACUGACAUAGUGUCAUGUUUCAUGGGUCAGAACCCGACAGUUCCAGUGUAUCGGGGCGAGAUCCAAACAAGGAACCUCGGCAUGGGUGUGGAAGCCUGGAGCCUUGAAGGUAAGCCUGUAUGGGGAGAAAGUGGGGAGCUUGUGUGUUUGAAGCCAAUCCCUUGUGCACCAACGCACUUCUGGAACGACGAGAACGGGAGCAAAUAUCAUAAAGCGUACUUUUCUACAUAUCCUGGUGUUUGGGCCCAUGGAGACUACUGUAAAAUCAACCCAAAGACAGGAGGCAUUGUCAUGCUAGGCAGAAGUGACGGUACAUUGAACCCCAAUGGAGUCCGAUUUGGCAGCUCAGAGAUCUACAACAUUGUGGAGGCGUUUGAGGAAGUGUCUGACAGCCUUUGCGUACCUCAGUACAACUCAGACGGGGAAGAGAGAGUGAUUUUGUUCUUAAAGAUGGCACCUGGAAAGCCCUUCAGUCCGGAGUUGGCUGCGAAGAUUAGAGGAGCCAUUAGAAAAGCUCUGUCCGCCCGACACGUCCCCGCGCUGCUGCUGGAGACCAGAGACAUUCCUUACACCAUCAGUGGUAAGAAGGUAGAGGUGGCUGUGAAACAAGUGAUCGCUGGCAGGGAGGUGGCGCAAAGAGGAGCUUUCUCCAACCCUGAUUCACUGGAUCUCUACAAGAACAUUCCUGAACUGCAAAACUAUUAGAGAGAAGCUGAAAAAGAGAACCACCUGACAAAAAAUCAACUUAGUUUUUAAAUGACUCGAUUUACAUUUACAGGCACAGGGAGACAUGGGAGCGCUUUGCCGGGGUAGUUUAUUAUACAAAGCCGCUCUGAGCUGUGUACAGAGCAUAAAAAAAGAAAAAUAUGUAUGUUACUACUAUAAAGAAAAGUUGUCAGAAAUAUUUUAAAUCAUUAGGUGUUCUCCUUUAUUUGCAAAAAUCUGCUACCAUGUCGUGCAAGUAAAUGUUGGACAGCUGUGUAAGUAAGAGAAGGUGCACAGCCUGUGAAUAAGCUCAUGCUCUGAGGGCGGCAUGUCUGUCUGUGUCCCCUGCUUUAACCCCAGCGUUGGUACUGACCUCCUCAUAGACUUCAAAUCAGUGGAAGUGUUUACAUCCUAAGCUCUGGUUCUAACAUCAUACUAUAACAAUGUGAGGUGUAUUUCUUGAUUAAAUGUAUAUAUUUGAAUAUAUAUUUUUUGACUGUGCUAUUAGCUUAGCAUCAGAAUGGUGCGUUUUUAGGUAGUACCCUUAACAUGUCAACCAAAGUGAGUCUUUUUUUCAGUGGGUUGUAACCAUUAAGUGUGCAUAAAGAUGGAUUAUUUGGCUGCACCUCCUCCUGAAGUGCAAAAGUGACACCAAAAUCACUUGACAAUAACUGGUGCUCAUACAUUUGUACUUGUGAUGUAAUUAGAGCAGAAGUCUGUGAUUGGCUGGUGCAAAAAUCCCCCUGGUCAGUAUUUCUACAGAGGAACAGAUUCUAGCAUUGGUCUGAAAUGUUUUGGCUUCAAUUUUGGGGAGCUGUUACUUUGUCCAUCUUUAUAUGCAGUCUAUGGUUGUAAAGGCUGAUUUAUACUUCUGCGUCUCCCCUACGCAGCAGGGGCUGACGCAGACAUGAGCCCCACAUACUUCUGCGUCGGUGUGUCCGUGUCGCGCAGCAAUUCUCCGCCGAAACUCUUGAGGGCAGUGUGGUCUCUCUGAUAGCCGGCCGCCUGCUUCCGGUCCCGCUACGGUAUCUGUUUACUUUUCCACAGCGAUUCAGAGCGUGUUAUGUUAAUCUACAGCUGAUACAUGUUGCUGUUUAUCAUACAGAUAUGAUUACAUGAAGAAUAAGAAAGGAGGAGAUGAAAUACCCGGCCGAUGUGCGGCCGAUGUCCGGGAUCCCGGAAGUGUUGUAAAUGCGGGAAAGACAAAGCCGCCGAGCGUAGGGUACGCCGUUGAUUCAACGCAGAAGUAUAAAUCAGCCUUUACAUGUUGGAUUGUUGUCAGGAUAUAUGAACCAGGGAUUUCACAGGAAAACUAAAAUACUGCCCUAACAUAAAAUGUUUUUACUUUCCAUUUCUUGUGUAUUACAUGAAAACGUCCUCACCAUCAUUUGACUUUGUUACCCUUUGUUCUGUUUAACUUAAUUUCCAAAACACCAAGACAUAAAUGAAUGAACCUCUCUUCAAAGUCUUUGGUCAUGUUGGUCCUGAUUUAUCAAGCUAAUGCACAAACAUGUAAGUCAAGAUCAAGUGCAAAUCUAAAAGGGAACAGGUGUUCAUGACAUCAAAUAAACCUGUAUGUAUUUGUUCCAUAACUGUUUUCAAUGUUUGUCAUAACGCUAAAAAACUAGUGAUUCAUCCUCUUUUUGCUUUGUACAUAAGAAAGCAGAAUUAUUUAUUGAAAAUGUCCUCUUGCUGUGUGGCAAAGCCUAAAGGCUAAUUAACAUUAUUAAAGAUUUAAUGGAGUGGAUUUGCUCACUGCAGUGACACUACUGAGAAGCACGGCUCGUUUUAUACCAUGUUGGGAGACGACUGAAAAGAAUGUGAAUUAUGGUGCAAUCACACAUCUAGAUGUUGGGAAGCAUUGUGUCAUUUCAGAGCGGUACACAGGUAGCACUUUUCCUACUGGACCUUCUGUUGUUUUAAAGGGUUUUGCUUGUUUGGCUUUUGGUUCGGUCUUUGUCACUUGGUUACAUUUUGUUUUAUUUUUAACAUUUUUAAUGGUAUAGAUAUAAAUAAAUCAUCUGCAAAACUCCUCUUUGCAUCUUUAAUGUCAUAUUCCCUCCUUAGAUUGAACACUUUUCUUCUGUUAAGGAACUCUGUGGAGUUACACUUACAUUUUUCAUCUGACUGAGAGGUGGCAUGUACUAAGAGGAAAGUGAGGAAAGGAAGCUAGCUAGCAAACACUGAUGUAAACACUGUAAGUUUUAUGUGAAAUAGAAAUAAACACUUUUAAAAAAUGAA